AAUAUUUUUGAUUCGUUAAAAAAAAUAAUGCGACAUUCGAAAGAAACUUUGUAAUUCCCACUAAAAAUUGGUAGAGAUACGAAUGUCGUUUCGUCUAAAUACUCGCUUUUGAUUGGACAAUAUUUAUUGUAAAGCGCCAUCUGUGACUACGUAGCGUCGGCGCGAUAGGAAAGCCGGUUAGUCGCUUUCGAACCAUCGCCUCGUACGUUCGUGCGCGUUAGCUGAAUUUCGAUUUACGUAAUUUACAACUGGAUUUAUGUAAUAAAUAAGCAAGUAGGAGUGAUCGACCGUCACGAUCCUCGAAGGAAGUGCGAAUUCGGACAAGAACAGAGAAGAUUUUUGUGGAACAAGGAGAAGAAGGAGAUGGAAAAGGGUGGAGAUGUCGCAGUCGAUUCGCUGGAUUUCGUUUGAAUGAAAAAUGUCCUCGUCGUGAGCCGAUUAAGAAGACGAGGUGCGAUGUUGCAGAGAUCUUCGCCAUGAGCGAGAGCCGGGUUUACACCGGUCCAGCCACGCUCGCCGAACGUCAACCGUUCAGCAGGAAUGGGAAGGCACUCAGAGGUUCGAAGAAAAGCGUAUUGUUUUACACGACGGAUUGCGGCGACGAUAAAGACGAUCGCGGUGGUGUUAAACUGGAGCAACGAUCGGUCUCAUUGACCGCUCUACAUACCAAUACCGGUGCCCAGCAACAACUAUUGGAGCCGAGAAUGGCGCAACUGGAGACCUUGGAGGCGAAGAUGGCGAGCAUCGAAGUAUCCCUUUCGACAACGCCAAGAAGAAAGAAGGGUGGUAGUCUAGCUGGUGGGAUAACGUCUGCCGUCGGUCACCGUAAUAAAGAUCAUUAUAAAGAACUCGACGCCCUUCGUGUAGCCCUUCGCGAUAAGGAAAAUAUUAUACAGACGUUGAAGGGUCAAUUGUGCAAUAGCUUGAGCAACCGACUAGCCUUGCGAAAUGGUGCUGCACCACCCUUGACCGAGGCUGACAGGAAAGCUACCGAGGAAAGACUUCAAAGGCUAAGACGUGACGCAGACAACAAGAGAUUGGCUAUAAAGAAUCUUAAACUUGCUUUGGAACGUUUGGAUAUAACCGAUAACAUCGACGUUCGCAUACAACAAGCAGAACUGGAAUACAGGCUAGGUCGCGAAGAACUCGAGCUUUUGACUCUACGGGAAGAGAGCAGGGCUCUUCAGACGGCGUUGGAAUUGGCAGAAACCCAAGAGAAACGGAAAAAUGAUACCAUAUACAGCUGCAUUUCCGGGUCGACGCAAGUCACCGUACAUGCCGUCGAAGUCAGUGCCGAUCCAAAGAGUCCUCGUUUCGGUGCUGGACCAAGAGACGAGAUGCCUGGUCUUUACGUUGAUUGGGCCGUUGAAGAUUCUGGUCUUUGCAAGGGAGACAGGAUACUCGAGGUGAACGGGAAACUCGUUGUUGGAGCUAACAAAAACGAUCUGACGAGACUCUUAGCUGUCGCACCGGACGCGGCACAGAUCGUAGUAUUACGAAAAGGCGAGUCACUCGCUGCACUGCGGACACUUAGAUCCGAUAACUUAAGACUGACACAUAGAAUUGGAUAUCUCGAGGAACAAGUUAGGGAUUUGCUAGCACCGAGCAGAGCAGAACUUCGUGCAACAGAUUUGUCAUUGACUGGUCAAGAACACGUUCAGGUUUUCCAAAAAGGUCCUCAAGUAACGGCGCUAGUCGCUAAUUUACCCAGUCCUAAGAUCAGAAAUCCAACGGAAUUAAGACAAAGUUUACCUACGAUGAGAAGCAGACAGAGCGAUCAUGGUAGACACUUUGCUACAUCGAGGAGUCCCAAGGAGAACGAUUUCUUUUCCGACGGGGUGUCUUACAGUCAUCAGAAACCGAGGAAUCGACAGAAACAUCAAGCUUUUCCUUUAGCCAGGUCCACGGCCAGUCUUGAUUGCAAACAGACGCAAUCUCAAUUACAACGUAGAAGAUUGGCAACGAUCGAGUCGGGAAUGGAAAGUCGGAAAAGUCACCAGUUGCAGACUUUGGAGUUUGAUUCCGAACCCACUUAUUAUCGUCAGGAUUCCCAAUCGCGUGUGUCCGAAAAUUCAGAAAUUCUCAGCACGUACAGUUCGCAAGAGACUAAAAUACGACCGGCACCACCUAAAAAACCACUCAGGCUCUCUCUUCAUCGUGCGGCGAGUCUUCAAUCCGUCGAAAGUGCACCGCCUGCGGCAGCGACUCUUCACGAGAGCUCUCGUAAACCGUCCAAGAGGAACCACCGUGGCGAGUUUUCCGUGGAAAAGAGUUCAACGAUGGAAGGAAACCAAGAGACAAACCACAGAAUACAGGAAAUGCAACCUGAUCUUUCGCAACAACCGCCACCACCGCCAAGGACACCUUCCAGAGCGGAAUCUUGCCAGAAUGCUUUGCGGUGGCCUUCGCCCAAACCGAGAUCGCAUUUGGCUUCUGUAUCAACGGAAAAGUGGUGUUGAGUGUAUUGAAAUCAAAAUACUGGACGAAAUAUCCAACAAGAAGAUGGAAAUACUCAAUGAAAUGUGACAUGUCGUUGACAUAUUUCACUUAGGAUUAGAAGUAGAAUGUAUUUCAUCAAUAUGUAUAGAAUUCCGAAAACGACGAAAAGAUUACGUUGACUCAAGGUGAUAUUUUUAUAAGUGCACGAAUAAUACAAGAAUUUAAUUUAUCAUCUCGGA